AUCAUUAGCAAGUGGAUCUUGGGGGGAGAGAAUUUUCAUUUUUACCAGCUGUUGGGAGGGAUUAGAUCCCAACUCCAUAAUAGAUAGAUGUGGUUAUAGAGUAUGAAUCCCCAUAUCCCACCCUGCAGUCCUUCAAAUCACUACCCAACUCAUAUUGCCAACUUCCCUUUCUUUCUUGCAUUUUUUGGGGGGCAAGUUGCCAUAACAUAUCCUUAUUCACUGGUAUAUGCUUGCUUGACACUCUUUGCUUUUUCUUGUGAAUCAAAUCUUGGAUUUAGUUCUUACUGCAGCACUCUCCUGUUAUUCCAUUCCAGGUCAAUCGUAGCUGCUAUCACUGUCAACAAAGCAGCAUCUUAUUUGGUGGUAAGUAAUCUUAACUUUUAGCUGAGAAAUCCCAAGAGUGUUCCUAGUAAUGACAUGGAAUUAUAACAUCUACCAUAUCAGGGUUGGAACAUUGGUUCCAUUCUCCAUAAAAAAAUCCGAGAAAGAAUUUAGAUAAGGGUGCAUCAAGGUGCUGUUUUAUCGUCUUGUUCAAUCCAAAAACCCCUUUAGAGAAGGCUGGAAUUCUUCCCCCACCCCACGAGGAUUAGGCGGUGCCUUUCUGACUAUUUUGUUGCUAUAAGUGAAGAGAAAAAGGAUGAUGUUUCCAGUUCCUUUUUUGGUUCUUUUCAUCUCAAAUGAUGCCUUAAUUUUCCAGUUUAGCAGUUCAAAGUUGUGUCCUUUCUCCUUUGGAACUUCAUGGUACGUCACAUGGUAUUGGAACUUGGGAACAGAGCAUUACUGCUGCGUUAUUUUUCUUGUAAAAAAAAAUUUCAUCUUUCUUGUCGUUAUUGUUUGCUGAAUCAGCAGAAUCAAUGGGUGUGUAGUGUUGUUUGCUGUUUGGGCCAAACAUAUUACUACUGUGUCAGUUGCUUGAGUAGGAGUGGCGAUUUCAGCUUGCUUCCUGCAAUAGUCUGAUUUUCCAUUUACAGUGUUUGCUUUUUUGUUCCUUUCUUUGGACUGAUGUCUGUCUCCUUCCCUGGUGCACCUUCUUUGUCUGGUUUUGGAUAAUCGAACAAGCGUCCCCAUGCAAAUUUUGUUAGCCGCCCUUUCACUGGUACACGUGUCUUGCUUUUGUAUUAGAAUGAAUUCAAGUAUUCAACCAUGAUUUGUAGCAUUGGGAGGGACCUUAAAACCUUUCUAAUUGCUUAAAAUGAGACAGCAGCUUUACCAGUCAUCCUACUUUUCCUUUUCUGUCAAUAAUUGGUAACCCCCAUUUUUGUCCUUCUGCAAUGACCAAUUCUAGUUGUUGUUUUGAACAUGUGUUAUGGUUCAUCAUAACCAUUUACAGUUAUCAAAUUGUGGUUACUAGUAAACCAUUUACAUAGUUUUUCUACUCUCUCCCCAAUUUAUCAGGCUGGCUUAAAUUGGGAAUGGUUAACGCCAAUUUUGAUGUGUUUGCUAGCUAUUUGCCAAUGGGAUUGACUGCAAAGGAAUAGCCAGGCCAGGCUGUGGUAAGAUGAAAUUUUUAAAGAGAAAAGAGAAAGGGUUCUUUUCCUCCAUACAGAAGUUGAAUUUGUCACGGAUUUGUAACUUCAUUCACUGGCAGAGGAGAGAAUCAACUCUGGACAUACUGUACUACCACUACGAUUCUCCCGGAAGUGCUCUGCCUCUUCUUUUCACCAGGUACGAUCUCGAAUGCUGGCUGGGAAUCAGUCUUUAUAUCAGCAAUAUUUUCUGGGUCAAUCAUAAACAGUCACUAAACUCUAUCGCCACUAUCAAAUCGGUCAUUAAACUUAGAAUUUUAACAAAUUACUGAAUUUGGGAGUCUCAUCAUCACCCUGUCGUCUCAUUCUUGUUACUAAUAGGCAACGUCACUUAGACCGCUCAGUUUGCUAUCGAGUAGGGUAGAAAAGGUAAUAAGAUAAUUUCCGAUAACAUUAGAUGGUAAAUUGGGUCGAGAAGUUGAUAUACGAUUGGAUCAAGUAUGGAGUAAUUCGAGAGCUGUAACAGUAACCAGGGCAAUUUGGAUGGGAAAUAGACCCAGUGAAUUCUGCUUUAGCCUCAUCCCAACAUUUAGUGACAUGUCUAAUGUCUAUUAAGAACCAAACUGCAGGGACUGAUUUGUUAAUGACCAUUUAUGCCAUUGACUCGCAUUAUUUUGUGCACCAGUUAAAAUUGCGAAAUGCUGGCUGGGGAAUCACUCUUUUAGCAGCAGUACACACCGUAUCUGAUUACAUCUUCCUGCAUGGAGAAUCUUUUUAUCAUGUCAUCACUCAUCAUAUCCAACCUUCUGAAGCUAAGUGGAUUCCUUCUAUAUUUUCUAUGGUGGAGUCAAUUAUAUAAUUCUCAAUUUUGCUUGCUUUCAUGGUCAUUUUCCCCUCACAUCAUUGGAUCAAAUUUUUUAUUCACGUGAACCAACUUGAGCUCAAAGAUGUGACAACAGAAUCUGAAUGCUUGGCUCAUAGUGACUCCUUUGGUUACUUUCAUGUUGUGAACCCAGGGAAAAGGAGAUGUAGCCCCUAAGGCUGACUCCAAUGCAGCCUGCAUUUAUGGAGUUCUCGCUAUUAAUGGCGAUUUUGGAGCUCCAACGCAGAGACGAAAAAUGGCGAAAAUCGGCAUUUAUGGAGGGCAUCGGCAUCGGGGUCGCUAAAUAUGGGGGUCGCUAAAAAUGACUCCAAUGCAGCCUGCAUUGGCCAGCCUGAGACGGUCCUUCAUGCUUUGAGAGACUGCUCACCAGCGAGUUUCUUCUGGUCUCGAAGAGUGCCUCCUUCCCGACAACACUCCUUCUUCAGCUCUAAUCUGAGGGAUUGGCUGCGGGAAAACAUCUUGAGCAAAGACAGCAUGGCCACAGGUAUGGAUUGGUCGGCCUUCUUCUGCACUGCUUGCUGGCUCAUUUGGAAGAACAGGUCGACAGCUUGCUUUGAAGGUAUGGGGGCAGCUCUCUCUCCUCAUUCUCUUGAGCAUGCUAUUAUGGCGAAAACCAAGCUCUGGCAUGAUGCUUGGAAUGCGCCGUCCCGCCUCCCCAGUAAUAGACAGGCUCCAGCGGAUCGGGUUUUGGCGCAGGUUGGAUGGACGCCCCCGCCUGAGGGAUGGCUGUCCCUCCAUGUCGACGGCGCUUCUUCAGGGAACCCUGGCCCCGCCGGGGCGGGUGGUGUUCUCCGAGAUUCGAGUGGUAGGUGGGUUGCAGGUUUUGUGGCGAAUCUGGGUGCAGCGACGGCCGCUCUCUCUGAACUGUGGGCCAUUAGCUAUGGGCUCGACAUCGCGCGGAAAGCUGGCUGCAGUUUCCUUCAGGUGGCCUCGGACUCUCAACUGGCGAUUCAGCUGAUCAGUACUCGGCAGGACCCGAUCCACCCUUAUGCGACCUUGUUGACAGCUAUUAGAAGGAAGAUUGGGAGUGAUUGGGUGGUACGCAUAGCUCAUACAUACCGGGAAGGGAAUAGAGUCGCGGACUGGCUCUCGAAGCACAGUCUCGUCUAUCCCUACGGUAUGCAUGAACUUGCGGACCCACCCAAUGGAGUGACUUCGAUCCUCAGGGAUGAUAUGCUUGGGACUACUUUUGAGCGGCGUAUCAUUACCUCCUCCACCCCCCCUCUGUAAUCUCCUCCUGUAAUUGUUUCUUGUUCUUGGCCUUGGCCUCCUAUCAAUGCAAAAAAAAAAAAAAUAUGGGGGAGGGAAUGCCGAGGUCGGCAUUUAUGGGGAAUGGAAGAAUUGUUGGCACGCGCGCAAUUAAUGUGAUUAAUGGUAGGAAAGGUGUAAUUAAUUGCUUGCUAAUUAAUGUGAUUAAUUAAGGGAAGAAAGGAAAUUGUUUAUUGGAUUAAUUAAUGUAAUUAAUGCAA